AUGGAAGGCCAAAAACAGCUCUUAAAGUCCAAGGUUGUGAAAAUUAACUCAAGAAAAUCAUGGGAACACCACAUCACUGAUGCUACCAAUAAAGGCUUCCCUGUUAUGGUUCAUUUCUCUGCUUAUUGGUGCAUGCCCUCUAUAGCUAUGAAUCCUUUCUUUCAAGAACUGGCCUCCACCUAUCAAAAUGUUCUCUUUCUUAAUGUGGAUGUUGAUGAGGUCAAGGAAGUUGCUUGCAAGUUGGAAAUCAAAGCCAUUCCUACCUUUUUGUUGAUGAAUGGAGGAGCACCAGUGGACAAAACUGUGGGUGCAAACCCUGAUGAGUUAAGGAAAAGAAUCAAUUGUUUUAUUCACCACAAAAAUUCCCUCAAGUGA